AUGAAAACUUGCUCGUUUCGAGGAGCUAAACCUCCGUCUAAUAUAGAAGGUCUAUCCUGUGGAGGCGAUGAGCCUCAAGCAAGAUAUGCAUUGGUUCUAUGUGGUGAUCUUUUUUGUUCAUGUUGUCUUCCAUUACAUACUUACGAGAGAAGUCAACCAUGGCCAGUCGUCGAUUUUGCUUCAAGUUCAAUGCAUCAAUUUCUCAAUGGAUAUAUCACAUAUCUUAAUUGUCCAGCAACAUGCACUACAUCGAAUGUAAUCUAUGCCAUGACAUGUCCAUGUGGUCAUUAUGAUUAUGCUGAUUCAACAGCAAAAACAUUGGCUGAUGCCAUGGCUUAUCAUCGAGAACAUGGAAAUCGAAUUAUACAUGAAAAAUUGACUGGUACUCCUCUAUUUCGAGGAUCAAUGCUCGAUCCCGAUGAGAAAGAGUAA